CACACACUGAGAUCUGAGACCGACGGCUUAACUCCACAGACUGACAGUUUCUUUCACAAUGUCUGAGUUUGAUGUGAUUGUUUUAGGAACCGGAUUGAAGGAAUGUGUUUUAUCUGGACUCAUGUCUGUAAGUGGAAAGAAGGUUCUUCAUAUCGACUCCAACUCCUAUUACGGAGGAGAAAGUGCCUCGAUUUCACCUCUAGAAGAGCUCUAUAAGAAGUUCCAGGUUCCCGCUCCAGCUAAAUCUCUUGGAUGUGGAAAAGAGUGGAAUGUUGAUCUGACGCCCAAAUUUCUUCUGGCUAGCGGUCAGUUGGUGAAGAUAUUGCUGUACACAGAGGUGACGCGUUAUCUGGACUUUAAGGUGGUGGAAGGAAGUUUUGUGUACAAGGGGGGGAAAAUUCACAAAGUUCCCUGUACUGAGACAGACACUCAGACUUCAGAUUUGAUGGGCAUGUUUGACAAGCGCAGAUUCAGGAAGUUUCUGUCAUUCAUCCUGAACUUUGAUGCGAACGAUCCACGAAGUCAUCACGACAUGGACCCUCACAGAACCACCAUGAGGGAAGUCUUCCGGCACUUUGACCUGGGUGCUGAUAUCAUCGAGGUCACAGGUCACGCGCUGGCUCUUCACAGCGAUGAUGAUUAUCUGGAGCAGCCGUGCGUGUCCACCAUUAAUCGCAUUAAGCUUUACUCCGAGUCUCUCUCCCGCUACGGCCUCAGCCCGUUUCUCUACCCCGUGUUCGGUCUGGGCGAGCUGCCGCAGGGCUUCGUCAGGCUCAGCGCCGUCUAUGGAAACCGCUGCAUGCUGAACAGACGUGUGGAUGACAUCAUAAUGGAGGGCGGGCGAGUGACGGCGGUGAAAUCAGAGGGAGAGGUCUUCCGCUGUAAGCAGCUCAUCUGUGACCCUAGCUACAUGCCCGAGCGGGUGAAGAAAGUGGGCCGGGUCAUACGAGUCAUCUGUCUGCUCAACCACCCAAUCAAAAACACCCAUGAUGCCACCUCAUGUCAGAUCAUCAUCCCACAAACACAUCUGAACAGAAAGUCAGAUAUCUACAUAUGUAUGAUGUCAUACUCUCACAAUGUGGCGUCAGAAGGGAAGUACAUUGCUGUCGUGAGCACGCUGAUGGAGAGCAGUAACCCAGAGAAAGAGGUUCAGCCCGCUCUGAGCCUGCUCGAGCCCAUUAUACAGAAGUUCAUGUCCAUCAGUAAUGUGAUGGUGCCCAUAGACGACGGACGCAGGAGUCAGAUCUUCAUCUCCAGAUCUUAUGAUCCAGCGACACACUUCCAGACGGAGACUGAUGACAUCAUGGAUCUGUACCGACGCAUCACAGGCUCAGAGUUGAUCUUUAGAGAGCCCAGAGAAGAUGUGGACUCGGACGAGUAG